CCAUAAUCAUCAAACAUUUUAAAUCAGUUUUUUUUACGGUUAUCUACCAUCUAUCAUCAUUCAUUGAUUGUUGGUGGCCACUAGUCAUAUAUGGAUUGAAGUCGAAAAACAACGAUAGAAAAUUUUAAAAUUUCACAUUUGCCGUAGUAGAAGAAUUCGUAUUUACCAUACAUUGUUGAUUUUCGGUCAUUUAAAGUAAUCAUCUGAACAUAAUGACAAACAAUAAAACCUGUGCACGUUGUCAAAAGACAGUUUAUCCAAUUGAAGAACUUAAAUGUUUGGAUAAGAUUUGGCAUAAAACUUGUUUCAAAUGUCAUGAAUGUGGUAUGAUAUUGAAUAUGAAAACCUACAAAGGUUUCAAUAAACUUCCAUAUUGUAAUGCCCAUUGUCCACAAGCACGUGCAACCACUGUUGCUGAAACACCGGAAUCAAAACGUUUGGCAGAGAAUACAAAAAUUCAAAGUAAUAUAAAAUAUCAUGAAGAUUUUGAAAAACAAAAAGGUAAACUAACACAAGUGGCUGAUGAUCCAGAAACAUUACGUAUACGUAAUACAACAAAAAUCAUUAAGAAUCAUAUGAUUCAGCAAAAGAAUCAAUCACACAUUAAUAAUAAUAAUCAUCAUCAUCAUCAUCAUCAACAACAACAGCAACAACAACAACGAAAUCAAACGAUGGCAACUGAUUUAAACAGUAAUAAAAAUUAUUAUCCAACAACCACAGCGUCCAAUAAUAAUAAUAAUAAUAUUGGUAAUCAAUUGCAGCCUGGUAAAUUGCCCAUCGGUUCUACUAUGCAGCAACAUAAACAGCUUAACCAAACACAAUCAGCCGCUGGAUAUUAUCAACAACAACAACAACCAAUUUCGAAUCCUAUGAUGAUCCAUCAUGUUACAUUUAUGGAUGGUGAUCUUAUUGUUAAUUGUCAACCAAUCGAUGAUGGUUGGAUGACAGGUACAGUUCAACGUACAGGUGAAACUGGAAUGUUACCAUCAAAUUAUGUUGAAGCAGCAUAAACAAAAAAAACAAUGAAAACUUGAAAUCUUUCUAAUAUAUAUUAUUCACAAAUUUCUAUCAGCAUUUCAAUGACAAUCAUCUUUUUUUUCUACACAACUACCAAUAAUGAUGGACCAGCGUUUGAAUUCAUCAGUCCUUUAAUUCUAAAUUUUUUACCUUAUAUUUCUACUAAUCUUUCUCUCUCUCUCUUUCACAUCUUAAGUGCCAGUUUUCUUUAUUUAUUCUAUUUCAUGUACUACAUCUUUUUUUUUGUACUUUUGUAUCAAUAGUUAAUAUUAGCAUUUUUCAAACAUAAAAAAUGGUUUUUUUUCAAUAAUGAAUCGAUUAAAUGAUUUAUA